UUUAUAUUGACACAAAAACUCUAAAGGCGAUUGAUAUGCUAAACAUGAAAAACAAUUCCAAAGACUAUUUGGCUUCACAGGCUGGUUAUUCGCUGAUGAAUAGCGUCCCGUCUCUGUCUAAAAAGGGUGCAGACGAAAGAGUUUUUUCAUCUAAAGCCGAAUCACUCAAGCGGAUGAGACUGGAUAAAUCGGAAAGUUACCGCACAGGUGUAUCGCAGCAUCUCAAAGCUUCAUUUGAAAUAGCUUCUAAGAUAGCAGGGCAAAAGAAACCUCAUAUUAUCGGUGGUGAAUUAAUAAAACCAUGUAUCCUAAAAGCCACGCAGAUAAUUUUAGAAGAUGCAGAGCAAAAAAUAAAGUCUAUUUCUCUUUCAAAUAACACAGUCAAGCGUAGAAUCGAAGAUAUUGCAGCAGACAUAAAGUCACAAAUAAUUAACAAAGUGGAAUUAUCGCCAUUUUUUGUUAUUAGUUGCGAUGAAUCCACCGACAUCGUUAAUUAUGACUUUAUCCAAGAAGAUAUUUUGCACUCCCAAUCUUUGACAGCAGGUAAUUCAUCUGAAGAUACGAGUAUUAAAUUCAAUAUCAAAUUUUGUUGA